UUUUUUGCGCUCAUCAUGCGGCUUCGAGAAGGCAUGUGUAAAAUAAAGAGAACAUUGGAGAGGCAUCUUGAGCCCUCUUACGUUUAUCAUCUUUCCACUGCUCCUAGCCUUGAGUCGCCGCUUUUCCCACAGGUUUUUGCAAAACAUGUCCAACAACACCCCUACCAAACUUGAUGCCGAAAACCCAGGAUUGUAUGGGAUGCUAAAGAUCACACUCGCUAAUCUAACUGCUAUCGAAGCACAUCAUAUUGCAGUUUCGAAGCCCACGGCCCCUGAGAAUCACGUUUCCAGUUUCAACCACAAGUAUGCCACUCUCAACGGCUACAGGUAUCAUUAUGUCGAGGAGGGAGAUCCCAACAACGAGACGCUGAUCCUCGUCCAUGGAUUCCCUGACUUGUGGUAUGGAUGGCGCUACCAGAUCCGCCACUUGGUCAAGCAGGGCUAUCAUGUCAUUGCUGUCGAUAACCUUGGAGUCGGAGAAACGGAUCAUCCAAGAUGUGACGACGGAAACUAUGAUCCUUAUCGUACCAAGAACAUUGCUGCAAACCUCGUGAAGUUGUUGGACCAUUUGAAUGUCGAUAAGGCGGUUUGGAUCGGUCAUGAUUGGGGUUCCACAUCCAUCUGGAAAGUCGGACUCUACUAUCCCGAGCGAUGCCGCGCCAUCAUUAGCAUCGGAUUCCCACACAUUCAGCCCGUGGCCCAGUUCGUGGAACCCGACGUACUGGCGGAGCAUUUUCCUCAGUUUCGUUUCUUCAGUGUCUUCCAAACGCGUGAACCGGAGGGCUGGUUUGACGGAGAUGCGCAAAAAGUAGCCAUUGCCAUGUUCAACUCCGUCUAUGGAGCGGGCGUUGGCACAUCGCACGAGGAGAAGCAGUACUAUGUCCAGAACUAUGCGCGCACAACCCUGCACGGUGGUCUGAACUACUAUCGUGCUGUGCGUUUGAACCAUGAAGAUGAACUGCCGUACAUUGGAAAGCCUUAUACGGUCCCGGCACUGCAGGCGAUCAUCGAGAAGGAUCCGAUUGUGACGCCUGCGUUCGUUGCUAUCCACCCAUCUGAGACCAUGACGAGUCUGGAGAAGGUUUCGAUCAAGGAGGGUGGCCAUAAUGCCCAUACGGAGAACCCCGAGGAGGUGAACAAGGUUAUAGACGCUUAUCUGGCCAAAGUGUUCCAGAAGGACAAGUAGCAGCAGCAGGCAAAAGGAGCCCACUGAGAAGUAAACAUACAGCAAAGCACAGCCAAAUAGGGCGAAAAAAAUUUAUUUACAAAUGU